UACCCGUAAAACGUCUAUGCACCUCUUUUCUGUACUGUUUUGACAUUCGACAGCCGAGAGUUGGGUUGCAGCAGCUGAAGCGCCCGCCCGCCCACCCGCCGUUCCCGAGGGAAGCCCUGCCGAAACGUCGAUCAGCAGUCACCGAAACCACCUGCGAGCCACCUCACAAAAAAGUCGCAGCCCCCAAUUCUCUUUGUUUGAGCAUUUUGUUACCUGGAGUACACUUUAUAUGGUCACUCAGCUUCAGACGACUCACUGCCAAGCGUAUCGUCAGCUUUUUAGCGCUAGCCGCCCACGUGCCGCCAAACCAAAGCCAAGUUGUGUUCCCUGGUCGUUUUUUUUGUUCAGCAAUCAAUCCCCGUUUCUCAUUAGCCUGCCGCCAUAAUCGCUCGGUGUCUUUGUUUGUUUUUGCGCCAUACGAAUGGGCCUCGACGAGCACUACCACGCGACCUGACCUGUCCUGACUGCACAAAUACGAACGAGUGCGCGCACUAAAGCGCUCGACGACAAGUUUUUUUUUAUUUUGGUUUUUCUUAUUCAAACGCCUUCUCUUAUAGGGUUUGGGCGACGUGAAGAGGAGACGAACAAGAGGCAGGGACAGAGAUACGAGCAAUAUAUCGCCAGAGUAAAUCAGACGAGAAAAGCACGCUAAGGGCGAUCCAGAACCGGGCAGGCUCGCCGGCGUCUCAGUCAUGUCAUACGACGGCGGCUACCCACAACAACGGCCCUACAACGGCCCAGCUGCGCCACGCCCGCCCCCGCAGCGACAGUAUCCUCCGGGCCCUAACGGACCGCCAGGUCGACAGUUCGCAGGACCACCUGCCCAAAAUUACAACUCGCCUCCGCAAGCGUAUGACCAACAAUACCAUGAUGGAUACGGCGGCUAUGAUGAUUAUGGUGGUCGUGGCGGAGGGUACGGCGGUCCCGAGUAUGACCAGCAGUACGACGAUAUGAACUACCAGAGAGGGCCACCUCAAAACUACCCACCGCACGAUCAAUACGGCCCCGGGCCUGGACCUGGACCUAUGGGGCCAGGGCCAGGGAGGGGCAGGCCGAUGCAAGGCCCCGGAGGACGAGGGGGCAUGCCGCCGCGUGGACCUAUGCCGCCUCGUGGCGGUGGACCUGGUCCUGGGCCGGGCAGAGGAUUUCAUAAUGGCCCUGUGCCUGGUCGCGGAGGGGGCCCAAACCCUCUUCAGCGUUCCGCAACAGCGGAUCCCUUUGCUGGGCGUGGCGGCGCACGCGGACCCAUGCUUAGCCCCCAGGAGAUGGGCUUUGGGGGCGCUUUCCCUGCUUUCCCCGGCCAGCGUAAAAGAACGGAAAUCGACGACGAGAACAAGAUUCUAGAGAAAAUGGGUGGCAUGGCUAUCCAGGAUCGAACAGGGCUAGGGGAUGCGCCGCCGCCACCAGCAAACAGGGGGGGCCCUAUGGGUCCACCUGGUCCCAACGAUGGGCCAAGAGGUCCGCCGCAGCGAGGUUUUAGCCAAGAUCGUGGAUAUCCGGGCCAGCGUGGACCGCCAGGUUCAGAUGAAGGCUACGGUGCUCCCGGGGACUUCAGGGAUGAGUUUGGGCCUCCGCAACGAACUAUGACUAUGCCUAACGACCCACGAGCCGGCCCUGGUCCGCGUGGCCCUCCGCCUGGGCGCGCCGAAACUGCUCCCUAUCCUGGACCUGGACCCGGGCCAGGACCCGGACCCGGACCGGCAGGUCGGGGUAUGGGAAUGGGUCUACCGGCUAGACCGUCCACGGCACAGGGAAUGCGCGGUCCACCACGGGGCUAUCCAGCUAACGGCAUGCCUCCGCCUCAGGCUCCGCUGCGGGAAGAUGGGCAGUACCAGCGAGGCUUUGACGAUCCUAACGAUGGCUAUGGCCAGCAAGCCCAGAGGCCUGUCUCUUUUGACGAUUUCUACGACUACUAUGACAACCCUCCCCAACAACAACAACAGCAGCAACCAAGAAACGACGGCAUCGCCGAAAUUCCCGACUUUAAUCGAUCGGCAAAUCAUCUGCGUAACGGCUCGAUGGACCAACACAUGCGCCAGCAACCUGAAGGCCCACAAGAGCGUGGAGGCCUAGGCAGGCAGCCUGAUCUCAACAGGACAAAAUCUCAACCUGAUCUACGGCAGCCUCAAGCAGCUGUCUUUGAGAUGGUAGGUGACGUGCCACCGAUUCCCAACCAGUACAAGCCGUACCCGGCUGGCCAACCUAAUGGUCCUGGUCCCGGUCCUGGUCCCGACGGCUAUGGUCAAGGCUAUGACCAAGGCUACGAUCAGGGUUAUGACCAGGGAUACGACCAAAGAAUGUCUGGCGGCCAAGGCCUUCCGAUGGGCCCCGCACCUGUUCGGGCCGGAAGCGGCGCAUCGACACAGUCUGCUCCCCUUCCUGGUCAAAAUGCAGACAACCUUCCCUCUCACCCGGCUCCGAUUCGGCCUGGGUUGAUGCAUAAUUCAGUGGCAAGUCAGAUGAUGAACAAGCCGCCGCCCGUCCGGCAUUACAACAACACACCGCCAAUGAACUCGAGCAUGUCCGCUCCGCCUGUCUCUCAAAUAAGUGCCCCUAUGGCACCCCCACGGCCGGAGCCGCAAGCCUCGGUCACUGUUGAGGAGCUUGAGCACCUCAGGGCGGUCAUCAAGACAGACCCUAAUGACCAAAAUUCGGCGCUGAGGCUGGCUAAGCGACUGGUUGAGGCUAUGGAUGUUUUGGUACCCAACAUACCUGAUCCUAGGGGGCGACAAAAGUCGCGUGAACGUUAUGCAAACGACGCGCACAAGAUACUCAAGAAGCUUUCUCAUGCACAAAACGCAGAAGCUAUGUUCUUUAUGGCUGACUGCCUAGGCCGAGGCGUCUUCGGGCCGGAGCCUGACAACAAGGAGGCCUUCACUCUAUACCAGUCGUCAGCCAAACUGGGCAACGCAGCCGCGGCGUACCGAACAGCUGUUUGCUGCGAGAUCGGACACGAGGAAGGUGGCGGAACCAGGAAGGACCCCCUCAAGGCAAUCCAGUGGUAUAAGCGUGCGGCCAUGCUGGGCGACACGCCUGCCAUGUACAAGGUCGGUAUGAUUCUACUCAAGGGUCUUCUCGGACAGCAGAAGAACCCCCGUGAGGCGGUGGGCUGGCUGAAGCGGGCGGCGGAGCGCUCGGACUCUGAGAAUCCACACGCGCUUCACGAGCUAGGUCUCCUGUACGAGAGCGCCCAGCCCAACGACGCCAUCGUGCGCGACGAGGGCUAUGCUUUUAGCCUCUUCAGUCAGGCGGCCGACCUGGGAUACAAGUUCAGUCAGUUUCGACUUGGAGCGGCGUACGAGUACGGGCUUAUGGGGUGCCCGAUCGACCCGAGGUCCAGUAUCAUGUGGUACAGCAAAGCGGCGACGCAGGAGGAGCACCAGUCGGAGCUGGCACUGUCAGGUUGGUACCUGACAGGUUCCGAGGGUGUCCUGGCGCAGAGCGAUACCGAGGCGUAUCUAUGGGCGCGAAAGGCGGCGCUGGCAGGUCUGGCAAAGGCCGAGUAUGCCAUGGGUUACUUCACCGAGGUCGGCAUCGGCGUCCCUGCUAAUCUGGAGGAUGCCAAGAGGUGGUAUUGGAGAGCUGCUGCCCAGGAUUUCCCCAAAGCUCGCGAACGGCUUGAAGAUCUCAAGCGGGCUGGCAAGAACGGCCCCAUGCGGCAGCGGGAACGUAUAUCUCGAAGCACCCCGAAACAGGAGGGAGAAUGCGUGGUCAUGUAAUACGCAUCAGCUGGAAUCCUGAAAGCAACGGGAGAUGAUGCGACGCGCUGAUUUUUCUUCACCCGUAUCAUUUCUCUCACUUUAUUUCCACGGCGGGAAUCUUAUGAGCAAAAGAUUUUAUACUUGUUUGGAGUAUAUGCGUCCACGUUUUUGAAUUUGAUCACGGGGAGUCAUGGCUAUGGAAAAAAUGGCUUUCCUGUUAUGUUUCUUUUCUGACUCAAAAAUAGUUCAAAAUCCUUUGAAUUUUGCGUAUUCUGCACGAGAAAAACAAAAGAUCAAAUAAGGGGAGGAUGGACAAACAUUUUUCUUACGUUUUCUUUUUUUCUUUUUCUUUUUUUUUCUCUCUCAAGAGAUGGAAGGAAUGGGCUGCAUACCGGGUAAUUCAUGUACGUUUUAUGGUAUUUCUUCCGGUCUAGGAGUAGCAUAGGCUUCUGGCAGUCUGGCGUAAUAUUUUCUAGGUUUCAAUAUGAUGUAAAACUAUAGCUUCGUUGUCUGCUUGCUUUGCAUGCAUUUCCUGCCAAGGCCUUUGUUCGCAAUCGUCGAUUAAUCAAGUGCCUACUGUGACCC